GUAUCUGCUAGCGUCCAGACCAGACCAGACCGCUCCUGUCCUCAAGAUGCUGGCCCUCAUUAACAGGCUGUUGGACUGGUUCAGGUCCCUCUUCUGGAAGGAGGAGAUGGAGCUCACGCUAGUGGGACUGCAGUACUCCGGGAAGACCACGUUUGUGAACGUGAUCGCUUCGGGGCAGUUCAGUGAAGACAUGAUUCCCACAGUCGGCUUCAACAUGCGGAAGGUGACUAAAGGCAAUGUGACAAUAAAGAUAUGGGACAUAGGUGGACAGCCCCGCUUCAGAAGCAUGUGGGAGCGCUACUGUAGAGGAGUUAAUGCUAUUGUUUACAUGGUGGACGCAGCAGACCGGGAUAAAGUAGAAGCGUCCAGAAACGAACUGCACAACCUUUUAGAGAAACCGCAACUACAAGGAAUUCCUGUCCUAGUCCUCGGCAACAAACGAGAUCUACCUGACGCGCUGGAUGAGAAGCAGCUCAUUGAAAAAAUGAACCUUUCUGCCAUUCAGGAUCGAGAGAUCUGCUGCUACUCCGUCUCGUGCAAAGAGAAAGACAACAUAGACAUCACCCUGCAGUGGCUCAUCCAGCACUCAAAGUCCCGGAGAAGCUGAGAGCGAGGGGCCGCCCCGCUCCUCCCCGGUCGCAGCUCUGGCCUCAGCCCCCGUACGGUCAUGGGUCCUCGCCAGCCAUCCUUCCCACUGCCUCAGAAGUAAUCCAGCUCUCUGUGCUCACUACCCUCACCACCCGCACCACCCGUACACUACCGUAGACGUUCAGCCCCCUAAACAUGGCCACGCCGUAUCAUCUGGAGUCUCACCGUUGUGCUAGGAGGGGGGGGAGUCCAUAUUUAUCAUGCCUUAUCACGCGCAAUUAUGGAAAUGCUCUGUGUACAUCAUGGGGAUGUCAUCAUUACUAUUAUUAUUAUUAUUAUUAUUAUUAUUAUUAUUAUUAUUAUUAUUGCUGUGAUGGCAUCACAGUUUACUGUUCCCAAACCUACAGCAAGAUCCCACAAUCAAACAUCUGUUUCCUGCCAACAUUAGGAGUUCAUAUGGCAUUGUGCGAUUGUAAUUUUGAACAGUCCCUUUGCCAAAUGAAAAUGGUCGCUUCUGCCUUCAAAUCCUGAUCAUUUCUCAGCAAUGUCGCCCGCAAUUUGAUUUGCCAGGAUACGUAGGUGUCUGUGUUAUGGGGUGACUUGAACUUGGUUUACACUUGGCUUAGAAUGUCGAUAGAAGCUAAGGUUUUGGAGUGGCUGUUGUGUCUGAGACGAAAUCCUAAGCAGAAAUUUAAGUGCCUUUGGCUAUGAGAAAGCUCCAAUCAGACAGUUAUUACCCAAUGCAAUUUCCAACCCAUUAUUCCCCAUAAACACCGGCUUACAGACUGCUUAGAUCCCUUGAUUGCUCUUAACACCACCUUUCGACAAUCUCAAUUUCUGUUUUGUAAUCACACAACAUUAUGAUGUCUAGAGAGAUGGCGGCGAUACACCGGCGAUGAAGAAUGAGGAUUAAAGUAAUGAACAAUAAGGCUUUGAGAAAAUGUUCCAUGUUUGGUUGCUGGGUAAUUUGAUUGCUGUUUCACUUGUAGCCUUCGACUUGUGUCUGUAGCUUUGAUACGUGGGCGAAGAUUCGCCCCCAGCUUUCAGGUUGUUAAAGGAAUUUAAAAAAAACAAAAGCAGGCCUGAACACAGUACGGGUGCACUCAGGAGUCUUGUCUCCAGAUGGGUUUUAUGAGUCGGAGAGUUUGUUUCAGUCACGAUGACGUAGCUCACAGACGACCGAGGGCAGUCCAAGUUGGGCCCUUGAUGUCAUCCAUCCUUCGUCACACCCUUCCCUGAGUCCCGGCGCCUUUUGUAAAACCCCCAAUCAGUCCAGCGACAACGCCGUCUCUGAAAGUGACGCAGCCUUUUCUUUCCCUUAACAAGACGAUGCUUCUGAUGGGCUCAACCACUGCACCCGCUCACCUGUUUGUCUUUCCUUUCGGUUGCUUGUGUCUCCGUGUGCGGAGCGAAUCAUGGCUCCUGCAUCGUCAUGGUCGCGCCUCCGCUUCCAUCCGGCUGCUUUCUCGGGCUGCUCUGUGCGUGUUGGCGGUCGUGUUAAACGUGUUUGUUGAUUGUUGGGACCACAGCAGCAGAGAGAGGCUGUUCAGCUGGGCGGCUGUGGGGCUCAUCUUGCAAAAAGCUUUUGUUAAUUGUGUAAUAAUAUAACCUAUUUGCAAUUCGUAUGUGCAUGUGCUCAGCUUAUUCACAUUAAAUUGCAGACUUUGUAAAUAAAACAUAAGCAUUUUUAUUCAAGCAAAUGUUCUUGUAGAGGCCAUGCAUUCUCUCCCUGUGAUUGCUAAUAAAUUGGUUUUUAUUUUUAAAGAGUU